AACGGAUUCCUUCACUUAAAAGCUACAGGUGGGAACCACGGUCUGCGGGUCUGCGGGGAGCCUUGCUGGCCAGCAGCCGCCUCCCCGAGAUCUCAGGCUCGGCUUCUCCGUCCUGCGGAGCCGGCCCUGCACCAUGACCGCCAUCUCCGGUCCGCAGCUGGGGAGCUCUCUGCCAGCCGCUUCUCCGCCCGCGGCCUCCUCGGGGCGCUCCAGAUAGUGAGCCCGCCCCGCAGGAAGGUGCGCGCUAGCCCGGCGGGGAGCCGCUUCCACCGGUUCCAGCAGCGCCGGAUGAGCCAAGCUGCGCCACUGCCUCUCCCCUGCAGGCAGCCGCAGCCGGCGAAGGAGGUUUUUAAAUCAAAGAUGGGAAAAUCGGAGAAGAUUGUCUUUCGCGGCCAGCUCGUGCUUGGUCUACACUUGUGUGAACAACCAAAUAUAAACAGGCAGAAAAGCAAGUGUAUCUUGCCACUAACCAAGAUCACCUCCGCAGAAAGGAAUGAAAAUAACUUUUGUCAGGAUUCUGCUUCACCUGAUAGAAUUCAGAAACAGGAAAAAGAAAAAAAAAAGCCUUUUAAAAACACUCAUCGGCAGAAAUCGGCGUUUCUAAGUGAAGUGAGCCGAAAGGAAAAUUAUGCGGGGGCAAAGUUUAGUGAUCUACCUUCUCUUAGUGUGCUUCCAAAGCCUCCGAGUCGCUGGACGGGAAGCACAAAAGAUAAUUCCAACCAAAACAGGGAGCUGAGAGCAGUACACUUAAAAAUGCUCCUGAACGUCAGACUUAGAUUUUAG